AUGCAACCGAAAAGACCUCCAUCUGCACCUUUGUUGGAUCUGCCAGCUACAGUACGUCCGAACAAUGCCAUAGUGGGUCAAAGAACAAACAGCAUGCCCCAGUUACUCGGUGAACCAAAAGAUAUUUGUAUAGCAGAAAUUGAUAGUAGAAAUUAUGCAUAUCAAAUACCACAUAUAAAUCAUGUAACUGGAAGUAUUUUAUAUGGUCCUCCGAAGCCACCAAGAACAGGACUAGAAAGAACAAACAUAAAUGGCAACAUUGAUAGAAAUGUUGACCAUGAACCUUCGAUGGAAAGAAAUUUAAAUAAAGCUGAAAUAAAAAAUGUUUUGCAAAAAUGGCAAAAAGGUCUUUUACUUAGCGAACAAGAAUCCAUGAAAUCAGUUGUUGGAUAUACUCCUGAAAAUUUGGUUGCCAGAAGUUCUGGUGAUGGUAAAUCCUCUGGUUAUGGAGAUCCCAAUAUUGGAGGUUAUAAAAAAAUGGGACCUAGAAAAAGAGAACCCAGGAGGCACACUUUGCAAAAUGGAAUCGACUACAACAUGCUCAAAAGAAUCAAACAAAUCGAACAAGAAAAAGAUGUGUUGAUGCAAGGUUUAACUGCGGUUGAAAGAGCUAGAGAAUGGUAUUUAAAACAAGUUGCCAUUGUACAAGAAAAAAUGAAAUAUUUGGGUCGAAUUGGAUCACACGCGGAGCAAUGGAGUGAAGCCCAAGCAGAAAAAUUAGAACUUCAAAAAGCUCGAGUUUUGGAAGUAAACCGCCAUUUAACUACUUUAACAGAAUCAUGGGAAAGGGGAGGCCUUCCUUUACAUAUGAAUUUGGCAGUACACAAUGCAGCUCCUACUGAUGUAGUAACUAGAAUAAAACACCAAAAUCAUCUUUUAAAUAAAGAAGUUAAUCAGAAAAACGAAAUAAUUUCAGUAUUGGAACAGGAAAAAGAUGCACUACUGAGAGAACUUUAUCAAGCUCGAGCACUAUUGCAGUCUCGUAGUGCAUAA